AAAAUCAACGAUAAUUUCUACAAAGAUUAGAAAUUACCACACAAACUAAAUUCUGCAUUAAACAUGAAAAUGCUUGGCUACCUUAGUUAUCAUUGGAUAGCUUUUUUGCUUUUCGGAAUUUCUUAUGUGACUUCAAAGACCUGCGGACAGACGCCAUGUGGAGAUACCUAUGCCAAGUUCUGCUGUGAUGAAAACAUGGCGAGAAUAGAGUCCGGUCAUUGCUGCUGCACUUAUGACGGGACAAGCUACUCUGUGAUAUGUCAAAGCAGCUCAGGCGGCUUCCCAUGGUGGGGCGUAUUCCUUAUUGUACUUUUCAUCAUUGCUGUAUUAGUUGCCGUGGGAAUUGUGGUCUACAGGAAGAAACUUUACUCUAGAUUUUUUUAGAAUGACACAAAUGGUAUUGGCGUUUUGAAACAUAUCCCAAAACUUGCAGACAUAUUUAUUUGUGUUAUUUGUCGUUAGUUCGAAUGAUCAACGUUGUGAAUGAAGUACAUAACACAUAAGGACAGUUAUGCAUGUUAUUUCUACGGUCAUAUACUUCACAGGUGAAGUAUAGAUUGUUGUUUAUACAAGAUCUACUUGUUUUUACAUAUCGUACUCUUGCUUACAUUUUUACUGACCUUUCAUUGUUGACUUGCUUAGGAUGUUGUUUUUUCAAAAACAGUUGGGUGCUCAAUAUGUUGAUUGUUUGUGUAAUGUUUUCCAUGUUUCAGUUUUCGCCAUGUUUUCCCUUCAUUUAAUCAUGUUUAUUGUUGCUAGCUCUCUAUUUAUUUCAUUGAGUGGCCAGUGUUUCAUACCAAAUAUAUCCUAUUGGGACCGAUUGAGAAAGCGUAUGGUGCAAUUAAAACAAUCGCAUAAGCACAACUAUACUUUACUUCUUUUUGUGAGAACAUACCAGAAAUUAACCGAUACUUUUUGACUGCAACAUGCGGCAUUAUUCAUGUACCAUGUCUUUUGAUUGUUAUUACAAACAAGUAACGCCUUGGCUUUUUAAUAAGUAAAUUGCAUAUGUGUACAAAUGCUAUGCAACUUGCCUUAAAUGAUAAUCUUCGUUUUGAUGUGGUUUUAUUCACUAAUCGUUUGUCAAUAAUAAAAGGACUUGUUCACAAGA